CAAGCCCCAGCAUUCCCAAGGAGAAGCAAUAAAUUCUUUUCCCCAAUCCGAAUUUGGGGCUUUAUUCAGUCUUUACUCUCGCUUACUUCUUCUUCACCAGACCUAGUCAGAGAGAGAAUUCUAGAGAGAGAGAGAAAAAAAUUGUAGAGAUGACGAUCUCCGAUGUGGUGGCGGGGAAUUUGACGACGCUGUACCUGGUGGCGAUUGCAGGUAUAAAAGCGUACGGAUUGAUCUCAGGUCAGGGCUUCAAUGGCAUCUUCGUGCUCCUUGUGUCUACUAUUAUGGUUGGUCUAGUAUUGAUCUCGAGUUUGAUUUGGGACGUGUCUCGCAAAGCCACCAAAGCACUCGCUCCUCAUCAUCACCAGACUGAGAUUUGUCAUGGCGGUAUCUGUUGGCAUGGCGUUGCUGUCCGCUCGCCGGCUUCUCAGGUCCGGUUCCGCCUUCCUCAACAACAUCCCCAUAAUUAAAUAUAACCUAGACUACUAAAUAUAUAUACUGUAUACAUUUACCAUAUAUAUAAAACAGUGUGAAGAGGGCUGAUUGUGUGUAAAUUUGUUAUAUAUGUGUAUAUAUAUAUAUAUAUAUAUAUGUUAACUGUUUGUAUAAUUGGGUGAGUGAAUUUUGUUAUUGAAGUUAUUCUAUGUGUAUUAUGUGUAUGAUUAGUCAAUUAUUAAAUGCGAAAAUGGUUCAUUGGAUUGUAAAUUUGGGAACAAUCUAGUGUAAUUUUCCUUUUGUUAA